GUUAUUAAUAUUUUUAGCAUUAAGGAGAGAAACCCAAGGGGGGAAGAACCCAAAAUACACUUGCUGCUGCAGCUGCAAGGGUUUUAAGGGUGAGAAAAAUGUCGAUUCUGUGGGAGAAGAGCGAAACAUGGAGAUGGAUUGUGAGGAAGACAAGGGACUCUAAGUCUUUCUUUUUCACCUUCGCCACCGUCUGCGGCGUCGUUCCUGGUGUCAUCGGCUAUUGCGUUAUGCAGCUCACAAACUCCCGCAACCCUGAGCUUGAGGCCCGCCUCCGUCAGAACGCCCGCCCUGAAUCCCUAAUGAUGGGGAAAGUUAAUCAAGAGAGACUAGCAGAAUACUUGGGGGAGCUGCAGCGAAAGCAGGAUACAAAUGAUCGAUAUGUUGCUGCUCUGAGAGGGGAGACAUUAACCAGGAAUCCUUACGUAAGAAUUCAACCGAUACAAAAGCAGGGCAACACGGAACCUGACAAGGAGCAGAAGAACGAAAGGGACAAAAAGUAGAUUAAUAUAUGGGUCUUUGCUGAUAUAUGACUUUCUGUUUCUGAGUAUUAUUAUACGGUGGCUGAGCAACAACACUAUCACUUUCUUGGUGUCAUGCAAACCUCGUGUGUUUGUUUUGUAUUCUGUAAUUUUUAGGGCUUUUUUUUUUUUUUUCUCACCUGCUGUCCAAUCCAUGUUACAAUUUUCUUGGUAGCUGAUGGAUUUCAUUACUUACGCUUGA